AUGAACGGCAGUAGCAGCCAUCAGCUAGAUAUUAUUUUAACACCAAAUGGAGAGGUACAAAAGCCUAUUUCCUUGGACAUGUUUUUGAUAAUCAUUAAAAUCGUCAGCGCUUUCAUCGGAAUACCAUUCAACACCUUCAUCGUCCUCAUUAUCAUUCGUUUACGUCGACUUCACAGCAAACCACGCAAUAUUUUCUUGUUGGCCAUGAUUGUCUCCAACUUGUUGCUCUACUUCCCCUCUCUCAUUGAACUGAUUUAUUGGUUUUUACCGUUAGAAAAUGUGUGUCGAUCUUACGUGGCUGUUAUUGGUUUGCCGAAUGCUAUUCUUUUAUGGACCAUCUUUCUAGCCCUCGCCGACAGGUACGUUGCCAUCAAGCAUCCACUGAAGCAUAAAGAGAAGGUAACUGUCCGUCGUGCAAUUGUUUUUCUUCUUAUUAGCAUAAUCGUACUGGCAUUCAUCAUGAAGUUCAUUUUCAUCGUUGGGCUUGUUCCAAUUGCCUGUGAAAUAUGGUUCGUCCACAGCAAAGUGAUUGGGGCCACCGUAUUCGUACUCUUCACCUUGUGUAUCGUUACUCACGUCAUCGUCUACAGGCAAACGAAGAUACUUCUCCAAGAAUCACGAACAGUAAAAGCUAAGGCAGGAAGUAAAAGCAAGGGCGUCACGCAAGCAGAGCGUAACGAAAUGUUUAAUGAACCUGUCGAUCAGCAGAUCGUCACGAGAGACAUUGCAUUGAUUGACCCAGAAAUUGGCGGAAUUCAAGUGGAAGCAAAUCCAGUGACAGCAGAAAGUCAAGCGAGAGCCAUCGCUACUACUGAUUUGCAUCACUCUAACACCAGUAUGAUUAUCCACGUGAAUAUAAGAGCCCUCAGUCAAAUGGAAAUGGAAGCUACUCGAACUUUGAUUGCCGGUGUGACAUCAUUAUUUGUAAUGGCGAGUCCUCCUUUAUUUUUCUUUUUGAGUGUUUUUCUUUGCCGAUUGACCGGACGUCCGGAAUGUGCUAGUAUAAUCUGGCUGGCUCCGUAUUUCAGAGAGGUCAGCUCCGUUUGGGCAGUUUACAAUCCACUCUUAUGGCUUUUCAGAAACGGUGAAUUGUGGCUGAUUUUGAAAUCGAAAAUCGACAGUUUCUCGAAAAAUCAUUAG